AGCCCCUUAAUUGGAGGGAAAACAUUUGUGUCAGGGCUUUAAAUAGCCAUAGUCCAAGCUCAAAUCAUCAGUAUCUCCGUCGCCAUGAAUCCUUCAAUAACCCUCUCGUUGUUUCUGAUCACUUCCGUGUCAGCGCGGAUCUUCAUUGAUGAACGCAAUGCUAGCCCACUCAGCCUUGGAAACUCUCCGUCUGCCAAUUGGUACCUAUCCCGUGAAGACAUGUGUGGCAAAUAUGGGGGAAGCCACGACAUGUGCUUGCCAGAGAAGGGGAAGGCUUGCGGCGACAAUGCCCAAAACAACAUUGGCUUUACAGCUGCGGAACAGGCGGAUAUUUUGAAAUUCCACAACGAAUAUCGAAGAAAGAUUGCUAAGGGUCUGGAGACUGGCGCCAAGGUGACUAUUCCGCCAGCGGCGAACAUGAGAGCCUUGAAAUGGAAUGAUAAUCUUGCCACAGUGGCGCAACGUUGGGCGGAUCAAUGCGAGUUCAAACAUGACAAGAUGUCAAAUAGGUUGGCCCCGCCUUUUGAUACUGUUGGACAGAACAUAUUUAUUGCCAUGAGUUCCAAGGACACGGACGAAGUUCCAACCAAACGAGGCAUUGAUGGGUGGUAUUCCGAGGUCAAAGACUUUGCCUCUGACGUGGGUUCCUUUUCGUUUACUCACGAGACUGGCCACUUUACCCAACUAAUCUGGGGCGACACCGCAGAGGUUGGUUGCGGAUAUACAAAAUGGCUAGAUGGUGCUGAUUAUACGAAGAUGGUCGUUUGCAACUACGGAGAGUCUGGCAAUUGGAAGGGCGAACCAAUGUACAAACAAGGAGACCCUUGCUCUAAAUGUCCGUCGGGCACCAAUUGUGAUGAUGGAAUUUGUGCCUAAAAAUAUUGUUGAAUGAUUGAACUUGCUUUAGAAUAUCCGUCAUCCCAAAAUAGGCUCCAGCUGUCCCUGAACUUUUUAUCUCUUGCUGGUGAUUUAUUGCGAUAUAUAUGUUAUGUUUACAUUGGGCUGAAUGUUUGUUUAUCCUCACCAUUCCCAUGUUAUCAUCCGAAUUCGGACAUUUUCGAGCAAGUUCCAAUGAAAUAUAGCCUCAUAUUCAUGAAUCAUAA